AUGAGUUUCUCAUACAAUGACCAUGAAGAAAGCUUUACCAACUUGCAUGUUUACCUCCACAACAUUCAACGUACAAAUCCCCAUAGUUACACUUACAUCAAAACCAAUGUUUUAGAUCGGUUCCAACUAUGUUUUGUCGCUAUUCGAUGCGUGAUCAACACAUUUUUAGGAUGCAUGCUUCCGGUCAUCUUCAUAGGCAGUGUCCGUAUUAGAGGAGAGUAUCUUAAUGCAGUGUUCGUAGCAGUUGCUAUGGAUGGAAACAACAACACUACACCAAUAGCAUUUGGUAUCGGGGUGGCAAAUAAUGUUAACUCCUGCACUUGGUUCCUUAUGAGGUUGAAGGAUGCUAUCGGAGAGGGCAGGGAAGUUGCGUUCAUAACGAAUAUGGACGAUACAACUUCUUCUUGCAUUGGUCAAGUAUUCCUUGAUGCUUAUCAUGGUUAUUCCUCUAAGAGUGUUUUGAUUUAUUUCCGCUUAAGAGUUGGUCAAAGCACAAAUUUAGACUACUUUUUCUUCUGUGUAUGCAAAGCAUAUACCACGCAAUACUUUCAACAAUCAUUUUCUAAGUUAAGUUAUGAUGCACAUGAAGUUCUUGCCAACAUCGGAAAUAUGAAAUGGGCAUGGGCCUAUUUCCCUAAUAUACGUUGGAAUGUACUAAACAUUAAUAUUCCAGAAUUCCUAUUGGUGUUAUCAGUUACUCAAUGCAAUGUACCGAUAGUAACGCUAAUUGAUGCAAUUGUUCAGUACAUCCAACAGACAUGGAUGUUGAGCACCAUAUUCACCUCUUACACAGAGAUGGUUCUUCAAAGGAGGAUGCAAAAGUCUCUACGAUGGAAAGCAACUAAAAUCCCACCUGAGAUCCCGUCUUCGUUACCUUCGGAUAUUUUCCAAGUUUUUGAUCUAAAACGAAGAUGUGUUGUGGAUCUGAACCGACACACAUGUCCUUGUGGGAAAUGGCAUAGUCUUGGUAUAGCAUGUGGUCAUGCUAUUGGUGCAGCACGUUAUACAAACAACAUGGGAUUAACCGAUAUGGUUCAAAUAUAUUAUCGGACUGAUGUGUUUCGAAUUACAUACCGGACUAGGAAUGUGAAUAUUGUCCCCCCUCCAUCUAAAUGGGAAAUACCUUAG